AUGUCAGACGAAGAAGUAAUGGAGUCUGGUACUGCAUUCAGCCAACGUUUUGCAGCAAAACGCUUGCGCGGAGUUGCGAAGACAAAACUCAAUCCCACCAAGAGGCACUACAUUAAUGAAACUGGCUUUGGUGAUCUGAUGACCAUUUCACAUUUCAAAGCGCCACCUGAUCUGAUGGAGUGGUUAACUAUGAACAUUGACACUGAAAAGCGUGAGCUCAGGCUGAGUCGGACUAAGGUGAUUGUGUUUACUAGAGACAUGGUGAAGAAGGUUUUCAAUAUCCCAUCAGGCAACAGACCAGUUGAGCUUUUCAAGAGACACGAGCAGUGUGAGCUACGCAACAUUUAUCAUAAGAAUGGCAGGGCUCCAAUUGCGCAUACAGUGACUGUGCUUCACCGAGCAAGGAAUGAUGAUGGCGAUACUACGAAGAGAUCAUGGGUGCUCUUGGCGCUUGCAACCGUUUUAACUCCAAGCACUGGAAACAUGGUGCCUCUAGAGUACUUGAAAAGCCUUGUAGAAAUGGACAAGGUUGCUGAAUUCGCUUGGGAUGAGCAUGUUUUAAGUGUUGCAAUGAGAGAGGUCAAGAAGUGUCAGGACAAGAUAAAAUCACAAGCUACUUCUUCAUUCUGGGUUGGGGGCUGUUUCCCUAUGCUUGCAGUUAUUUACAUGGACCAUUUGAUAUUUCCCCAAGCUGCCAUCAAUGAGCACCAGCUGAAUUAUUCUCUUCCAAGGGCUUGCUUCGUACAUCAAACGGACUUUGAUCUUGUAUUGGAAUUUGACAAGAACAAGCUAUCUUUGGGCAAAGCUUCAUUCGGGAAGUGUCGUUUUCGCCCUCUAUCGGAGACACCGUACAUAGCAUUGCCUGCCGAAGGCCCGGUAGGCAACAUGACUAAAGUUGAUCAAGAUCAGCAGGUUCCGGACAGCCCGGAUUGUGUUGAUACUGAAGAUUGUGGGGCUGAAAAUGUCAACAUUAAUGACAACCAAGCUGAUGUGGCUGAGGAAGAGAAUCCUACGGAAGGUGGUAGCAAUCCAACGGAACAUGGCAAAAGUAGAGACGAAGAUGUGUGUGGUUCACUGGAUGAUUGGCUUCAGAACCCAGCACCAUUCGGUGCAGAGCUUGAGCUACCAUCACAUCUGGCUGCAAUCUACGACAAGCACACAAAACUAUAUUCUUUAGAGUUAAAAGGGGCUCUAAGCUCUUUUGGGCAAGUGUUGCAAGCAAUACAUUGCAAGAGAAUGGGGCAGCUCCUCAAAGAUGUGGACGCUGCUUCAUCAAGUUAUCAGGGAGCAACGGAUGUUAGUUUUGAUGUGCCACCCCCUCGCAGCAAUGAUGUAGACAAGUCAGAUCGUCAUGGUUGUGUCAAGGAAAGCUAUAGCAAGAAAGCCGCAGAUGAGCCAACAACAGACAAGGUGGUUGAGCCGGGUGAAGGAGCUCGAAGCAACCAUGCAAGCGGCAUUGAUCAUGAGUCUAAUGGCGGCAAUGUGGUUGAGAUGGGCACACGAACUAGUGGUGAAGAUAUUGAGCAUGGUGACCAACUCAUCGAGCGCAAUGACUCUGUUGUCAGUGAGCCCCCUGCACAGUCUUUUGAGAAUGCAAGGGAGAAAGUGUCUAGUGGUGAAGAUAUUGAGCAUGGUGACCAAUUCAUCGAGCGCAAUGACUCUGUGCACACUAGCGUGACUGGACAUUGGAGUGAUGCGCCAUCAAUGUGCCUGUUCCAAGAGGGCACCGAGGAGUACGAUUGGUGGAUUAGUGUCCAAAGUCAAGAUCCGAACUCCAAUGCUCCAACUCAUGGCAACACUGCUACAACACCAAAGUCUUGUGGUGUUUUUGAUGUCACUCCUCAGGCUGCAAUAUCAAGAGAAGUAGAAGCUCCUGUGUAUGAUGUCACACCAAUCUCCAUGGCUCCAUUAUCAAGUGGGGCUGCAGAUGGACCAUCAAAGCCACAAGAAGAGACAGUUGUUCUAGUUAGCAGCAGGGAACCAAGCCCCAACCUUGACGAGGAGAAGUUGAAGAGCAAGGAUGAGAACAAACUCAAGAGUAAGAAAAGAGUAGGGAGUCCACUGUCAGCCGGAUCGAAGUACAAGAAAAUAAAGACAGAUUCGAACACGGAAGCAAUGUACCAGCACUAUGUCAUGAAGAGGUACAAGAUGAAGAAGAUGAAGAGAGGGGAAGUUGAGCCUCCUUUCAUUAGGAUUGAUGAUUUCCACAUUACGUACACGAACUUCCAGAAGUCGUUGAAGCCACGUGCUCAUAUUUGUAGUGAAGUCAUGUCAUUAUUCAUUGAAAGCUUCAACAUUGAACAAUUGUCGUCUUCAAAUAUGCAGAAGAAAUUUGCUUUCUCUGUUUUAAUGAGUCUUCAACUCUCUGUCCACCCAGAAGUAUUUGAUCCAAGUGUUUGUGCAAAAGAGCUGAGGAGGGCAUGCCAAAAUUUUCAGAUUUCUGUUUUUGACCUACUUUACUUCACCAUCGUCUACGAUGGCCACUGGAUUGUUUGUGUCAUUAACCUAUUGCACAAGGAGUUUAACUUGUUUGACUCAUGGGAUAAUGGAAAGUUGGAUAUUGCUGCAAGGAAUCUGUUUACCAAUUUCAAGAGGAUUGCUUCAGAAGAGCCAGCUUUCACAGUGGACCUAUCUUCUUUCAAAUCCGACUGGCCGCUGCUUGACUACCCACAAUAG